AUGGCCGGACAACCAAAGCUCGGGGGAAAACGACAUUGUUCUAAAGCACCUCAGCAGUUCAAAUUCGUGGCCAACGAAUCUCUAAAUCGGAAACGCCCAAAUCGGCAUUCGUCUAGACUAUCCAGCCCUCCACAAUGCUCUCAAGGAAAUGAAAUCCCAGCCCAGGCAUCUUUCGAGCGAACCAAAUCACCGGAAGUUGGACUUGCUGAUAAUCACAUCCAUCAAAAUGAGACUUCUGCUAGCCCAGCCGCUGUCAGUGUGACCAAUAUUGGCAUCGAACCUCGUUGCACGGCCGAUCCCUCCGACAUGGACUGCCCGCCUGACCUUGGACUCGACAGCCUUGGCCCAUGGAGGUGGUACCCUACCCCCAGUCAAUGCCCUACGCCUGAUUAUUCUAAAACUGUCCAUAUGAGCGACCAUUUGGACAUGACACUCACAAGCUACGAAGAUCCGUCGAUGGCUGCGCAGCCCGGAUCUGUCCUGUCUGAUUCUUACGUUCUGGGACCUCAAGACGCUACAGGAUCGUCCUCAGGCACCAAUAUGAACAGUAUCUUGGAUCUCACCUGGCUGAACGAUCCGGCUGAAACACAAUGUCUCCCUUUUCCCUCUCCGACGAAUUCAACGUCAAUUUUCCCACCGCUCAAUGGAAUGAUUCUCUAUGAAGGCUUGUUUGAGAAGUUCGGAACACUUCUUGAUAAGUAUGAUCAAGAGUAUUGCGUGAUGCCUCUGAGCGGAGACAUUCCAAGCAAUCCGUUCAGAUGCCGCUCGCACACUUCUCAAGGGUCUCGCUUUCUACUGCACGCCAUCUUGGCAGUUUCUUGUUACCAUACAAGCCGACAAUCGACCGCUGAAGGAUCACCACCGUCUCCAGACGUUGUCAAUCACCAAAACACCGCCACACAGCUGUAUCGCCACGAGCUUGAUGUUUAUCACGGAUCUCAAGGAGUGCGGCUCCUGGACACAACGCUGGUUCUGUUCACUCUGAAUGCUUCACAGUCGGGUCUGGGAGACUGGCUCUCAUACAUCUCUGAUGCUCAGAAGCUGCUUAGCAUAUCAGGUGGACAUCAGAUGUGGGAAAAGGAUCCAAGGGCCCAAGCCCAAGUCGUAAUGCUUCUGUGGUGGGAUGCAACUAUCGGUCUCCUUUCGCGAGAAGGCUGCAUGCUCCCGUACUCAUACCUCGAGUCACUUUUAGCUUUAGAACUCAAAACUUCCUGGAGCUUCUUCGAUGUCACCGGCUGUCCGAGGGAGCUUGUAGUUCCUCUGGUACAGCUAGCAGCCCUGGCAGAGGAGAAUGAAAAGGCAUUGUCAAUGCGGUGGACCAGGUUUGAUAUGUCAGUGGUGGACGAGAUCCGGCAGUCCAUAGUCAACUGGAAGAAUGUCGUCCUCGAAUAUGACGACAGCAUGUCCGAGGAGCAGAUGCACCGCCAACAGGAUGUGUACCACUGUUCUGAGGUAUGGCGGUAUGGUCUUUUGAUUUAUAUCACCCGAGUCUUCUAUUGGAAACGGCACGAACCGCCACCUCGGAAACUCGCUUACCAUGCGAGACUCGCCAUUGAACAUGUGAACGCGUGCCGCCACACGGCACCCGUGCAGAGACAAGUGCUACUUGCGCUAUUCUGGGCUGGUUCCGAGACCACGGAUCAGUUCCUGCGGCAGAGCAUCAGGGACUACUGCGGUUAUUGGAGUAGGCAUUCUGGCUACCAGUUGUUUACCACUGCGGCUUCUCUGCUUGAAGAGGUAUGGGCCGAAGCGGCCGGCUCUGCUGAUAAUGCUGGGGUCUGGUGGGGUUCUGUCAUCGACUCUAAGCAAAAGUCACAAAAUCCCAAAACACGGUUCUGCUUUGGAUGA